AUGACCGUUGCAGAAUAUGAAGCUCAAUUUGCAGAACUAGCUCGGUUUGCGCCUCAUAUGGUGGAUACGAAUUAUAAGAAGGCACAGAAAUUUGAAGGGGGAUUACGGGGUGCUAUCCUAGACCGAGUCAAUAUGUUAAAGUUACCUACUUAUGUCGAUGUGUUAGAAAGGGCCGUUAUAGCAGAAGGAAACCUUGUCGCUCAGAAUCGGAUUUCCGAGUGGAAAGGGAAAAGGCAAAACAAUCAAUGGUCAAAGGGAUCAGUUAUUCUACCAAAUAAGAAGCAUAAUUCAGAGAACUCCAACAGCACCACCCCUGCAGAAAACUCUGCACUUGUGUGUUCAGACUGUGGAAGACAGCAUCGUGGGACUUGA